AUGCUGUUACGCUUCUCUCCAUUCAACUCAAAGGCACUUAUUAUCAAUACCCAUCAUCACCUCUUAUACCAUUCCAUCACUACAACACCAAAAAUUUCAUCACAACUAUGCAAAACCUUAAUCCAAUCAAAACUACUUCAUCAACAAUACAUCGUACACGGUCAUACCUUAAACUACACAAACAUCACCAACCUCAUAUCCAAUUACAUUUCCUCAAAUUCCACCACAAACGCCAUUUUACUUCUAGAAAGCCUCACACCAUCUCACUCAUCAGUUUUCUGGUGGAACCAACUUAUACGACAUGCACGUCACCACAAUUCCCCUCACAUUGCUUUGACUCUUUUUUGUCGUAUGAAAACACUUAAUUGGACACCUGAUCAUUACACAUUCCCGUUUGUUUUCAAAGCAUGCGGUGAAAUUUCGCAUUUCAAUCUCGGCGGUUCGAUUCACGGUUCUGUACUUCGAUCAGGCUUUGAUUCUAAUGUAUUUGUUUGUAAUGCGGUUGUUUCGAUGUAUGGUAAAUGUAAUGCGCUUAUUUAUGCGCGUAAGGUGUUUGAUGAAUUGUGUGAUAGAGGGAUCUGUGAUUUGGUGUCGUGGAAUUCGAUUGUGUCGGCUUAUUCACAUUGUUUUGUUCCGAAAGUCGCGGUUUUGCUUUUUCGUGAAAUGACGGUGAGUUAUGGGUUGUUGCCGGAUGCGGUUGGUGUUGUUAAUAUCCUUCCUGUUUGUGGUUUUCUUGGUUUGGGGUUGCUUGGGAAACAGGUUCAUGGUUUUGGUGUUAGAACUGGAUUGGUUGAUGAUGUUUUUGUUGGGAAUGCUUUGGUUGAUAUGUAUGCGAAAUGUGGGAAAUUGGUGGAUGCUAAUAAGGUUUUUGAGAGGAUGGGGUUUAAGGAUGUUGUUAGUUGGAAUGCUAUGGUUACUGGGUAUUCUCAAGCGGGUAGAUUUGAGGAUGCACUUUCUUUGUUUGAGAAAAUGAGGGAAGAGAAAAUUGAGUUGGAUGUUGUUACUUGGAGUUCUGUUAUUUCUGGGUAUGCUCAGAAAGGGUUUGGUUGUGAAGCAAUGGAUGUGUUUAGGGAAAUGUGUGGAUGUGGCUGUCGUCCUAAUGUGGUUACUCUCGUGUCGUUGCUUUCUGGUUGUGCGUCAGUUGGAGCACUGCUUCAUGGAAGAGAAACUCAUUGUUAUGCAAUUAAAUUUAUUCUCAACGGAGGUGAUUAUGAUGAUGAUGAUGAUUUGAUGGUGAUUAAUGCUUUAAUUGAUAUGUAUGCUAAGUGCCAGAGUUUAGAAGUGGCUCGUGCAAUGUUUGAUGAAAUAUGUCCUAAAGAUAGGGAUGUGGUGACUUGGACUGUGAUGAUUGGAGGAUAUGCUCAGCAUGAUGAUGCCAAUCAUGCCCUGCAGCUUUUCUCUGAAAUGUUUAAAUUUGAUAACUGUAUAGUUCCUAAUGAUUUUACUAUAUCUUGUGUGCUCAUGGCUUGUGCUCGUUUGGCGGCUUUGAGGUUUGGUAGGCAAAUACAUGCUUAUGUGUUGAGAAGAAGUCGUAUUGAUUCAGAUGUUCUGUUUGUAGCUAAUUGUCUCAUAGCCAUGUAUUCUAAGUCUGGAGAUGUAGAUACUGCUCGAGUUGUUUUUGACAACAUGCCAAAGAGAAACGCCGUCUCAUGGACCUCGUUACUUACGGGCUACGGAUUGCAUGGACGCAGCGAAGAUGCUCUCUGUGUUUUUGAUGGGAUGAGGGAAAUGGCUCUAGUGCCUGAUGGCAUAACCUUUCUCGUUUUACUUUAUACUUGUAGUCAUUCUGGAAUGACGGAUCGUGGAAUUGAUUUGUUUUAUAGAAUGAGCAAGGAUUAUGGGGUUGAUCCCGGAGCAGAGCAUUAUGCUUGUAUGGUUGAUCUUUUGGGUCGGGCUGGUCGUCUAGAUGAAGCUACGAGACUCAUUAAUGAUAUGCCGAUGGAACCAACACCAGUAGUGUGGGUGUCAUUGCUUAGUGCUUGUAGGAUACACUCAAAUGUAGAAAUUGGGGAGUUUGCGGCAAAAAAGUUGUUAGAAUUGGAGGCCGAUAAUGAUGGGUCAUAUACAUUACUUUCAAACAUAUAUGCCAAUGCUAGACGCUGGAAAGAUGUGGCUAGGGUUAGAUAUUUGAUGAAACGUACUGGAAUCAAGAAAAGACCUGGUUGCAGCUGGGUCCAAGGAAGGAAAGGCAUGGAAACCUUCUAUGUUGGAGACAGAACUCACUCGCAAUCUCAGGAGAUAUAUGAAACACUUGCAGAUUUGAUUCAGCGCAUUAAGGCCAUUGGGUAUGUUCCACAGACAAGCUUUGCUCUUCAUGAUGUGGAUGAUGAAGAAAAAGGGGACCUACUUUUUGAACACAGUGAGAAGUUGGCUCUUGCCUAUGCCAUCCUAACACUGCCCAGAGGAGCACCUAUUCGAAUCACUAAGAAUUUACGCAUUUGCGGUGAUUGCCAUAGUGCCAUAACCUACAUAUCCAUGAUCGUAGAACAUGAGAUCAUACUAAGAGACUCCAGUCGCUUCCAUCAUUUCAAAAAUGGAUCCUGCUCGUGCAAAGGGUACUGGUGA